CCUUAACAAUAUGAAACACUUGCCCUUUGAAAUUAUAGAAGAAAUACUAAGCCGCUUACCAAAAAAAGACCGUUAUUGCUGCGCUUUUAUUUGCAAGAGUUGGAUUGUGCCUGUAUUGCAAUUACACUAUAAAGAUCUAAUGCUGAGCUGCUAUAAUAUCCAACUCAUUAAAAAGCACCUGAAGCUGGACACGAGUGAACGACAUUAUUAUUUCAAAUUCGGCUAUGCUGUUGAACGACUUGCAAUCAAGAGUGAUUCAACCAUUAUCAGUAGAGAGCCUGAAUUCAUGUUUGAUAAGAAUGAAUUGAUUAUGGUAUUGGGUUAUUUGCCAAACAUUACAACUUUGGACCUGUCUGAAUAUUGCUACAUGAAAUUGUAUCUUCAAUAUAUACUAGAAAGCACCUCUACUCGAAUCUUAACAAAAGUGUCGUACAUACCACCCGGUCAAGACAUAUCCGAAGAAUUAUUUGCCACUGCGCUAUUCAGGUACAGAAAAUCCAUUACUAGGCUCAAACUAGACUAUCAGCAAACAAACUUUAAAAGAAAACCUCCCUGUAUCUUACUUUCAGGAUGUGUGAUUGGCCAAUUUUUGAGUCUGACACACUUGGAUCUGCAAAGUAGCCCUGAAGAAGAAUUGUCAACCUUUAACAUUCAAAAGAUGUGUCCAGGUUUAAUUUCAUUAAAAUACAGCAGAACCGCAGCUAUUUCGUCCACCACGCUAGAACACAUUUAUCAAGACCCAUUUUACAAAAAAAGAAGUAAUUUGAAAACGUUUGAACUUACAGUAUCGGCGAUUCCAUCAAACUAUAACCCUUAUAUUAUCGAUUAUAUAGCACCUCAAGCUGAUACAAUCAUGCUGAACCUAGUCCGAAUGGAUUUGCAUGAAUGGAUAAGUGAUAUUGGAAUGGAUCAAGCUCUGUCCAUUGUUCGCUCAUUAAGUACUUUAAAGAGUGCAGGAUUAUGUUUUAUACUGAACAAAGGGCAUGGAAAUGAAAUACGGACUGCAGCCAAUUUUUUUAAAUUAUUAAAAGCCUUCAAGGGAAGCAGAAAACUGUAUUCCUACGCACUUAUAACUGAUCUCAGAUCCUAUCGUGACUCCAUGAAAUACGUUUUUGGGAAUCCAAUUCUGUACACUGAUUCACUUGAUGCUAUGCGGAACGGAUUGGAGUUUAGAUAUUGUAUGGCCCAAGAUGCAACACGAUCUGAAUACUUUGCCAUAAUUGACUCUAUGAUUGAUCCUGAUGCCAUCAUAUCAUUGAGAAUUAAUACAACAGAAGACAAGCUCGAAAAAGAUCUUGUUUCUGUGACAGAACAUGUUCUGUCCUGUUGUUCAAAUAUUCUGUACUUCGAAUACAAGACUAUUUCAACUAUUUCCUCACAGGUAAUUAUCUCUGCAGAUUCUUUUCAAGGCUUAGUACCGGGGCUGGAUAAUCCUAUUGUACCCAGUAAUACCAGAAAAAGAUUGGAAUGUGUUAAAACAUAUGGCCUUAGUUUCAAUCAAGAUUUGCUGGAUAAAAUUCUGGGUUAUGUGGAUAUCAAAUUUUUUUCUCAUUACUUUACAUUAUCAACUCUCGUUGACGCAGGUCCCCAUAAAAUGGACUUUACAAAAUUGGAGGAGUCAACAUUAAUUCAUUUAAAUAUUGAACAUCUACCGAUUCCUUGGACGAAAGACUUGUACAUAUCUAUCGAGUGUGGUGACAAGAGCAAAGUAUUUGUUAUAAAUUUGAACGCUGGUGAUCAAUCAUUCAAGAUCGAUGAAUAUCAUGCAUUGCCACACAAAAAAAUGGCUGUUGAAAUCAAGUGUCGUGAAGGUAUGAGUGUGCUUUUUUGGCUUGAAUGCUACAUUUGUGUUGCUGCAUUUGACGAGUGCAGACUUGUCAAGAUUUCCCAUACCCCUUUUACCAGAGCAGAAAACUUGUUCAUGAAAACUAUGUAAUAAAAGUGGGCGAUCCCAAGUUGUCCAGUAUGUGGCUAUUUUUCUAUAAAAAAAAGGUGCAACAUUUCUCUUCAUCUUUAUUUAAUUAAUUACAAAUUUUUGCUCUGUAAAACACUUCUCGGACAUCUUUGGGUCUCCCCACUGUUAAUGCCAAAUUUUGUUUUGUUAUUUGUAAAAAAAAUUUGUGUGAAAAAAAGAAUUGAGCUCUAUUUUUUUUUUGAGGAAC